AUGAAUGAACACAACACAUCCACACAUCCAACACAUCCAACACAUCAAGAAGGAAAUGCUCAUCAAGCAUUACCAGAAGAUCACGGUACUUCACAAAUAAGUGUUGUUGACCGUUGGGGAAAUGCAGUUUCUAUAACUACAACAUUAAAUAUAGCAUUUGGAUCUUUUGUUUUAAGUGAAUCAACUGGAAUAAUAUUUAAUGACCAAAUGGAUGAUUUUUCGACUAAAGGAAUGCCAAAUUAUUGGGGUUAUCCGCCCUCUCCUCAAAAUUAUAUUGAGCCGGGAAAGAGGCCAAUGAGUUCGAUGAGUCCAAUUAUUGUUUUUAAAGAAAAUGGAAAGGAAACAUUAGCUAUAGGAGCUUCUGGAGGUUCAACGAUAAUUUCUGGAGUAGCUUUAACUACUUUUAAUAUUCUUAAAGUUGGAAUGAAUAUUAAAGAAGCUAUUGACUUUCCUCGAUUGCAUAAUCAAUUUAGACCAAAUUUUACCAUGUUUGAAGAAAGAAUACCCGAGAAAUUAAAAGAAGGAUUGAAAGAACGUGGACAUUAUUUUAAUGGGACACGGACACUUAGUCGCAGGCCACUUAGUCGCGACCACUUAGUCGCGACCACUUAG